AUGGAUCAAGCUACACAUCCGCCACGGUGGAAAUACUUGGUUGUUUUCCUUUUACUGGCCAUUGCUUGGUUCCGCUUCACCGGAGUGACCGUGCAGUUCCGAACCAGCUUGCUUGGAAAUGACGGAUAUGCUUCUCAGAAGCCAUUUGAUGAGCAACCGAUCAUGGCUGAGCACGACGGCGGCCAGAAACCAAUUGCGCCGCCCAAGGGGCUCAUACCGCUAAAGUUCGAGCCCCUGCCGCUGGGCUCCAUCAAACCCCGUGGCUGGCUGCUGGCAGAGGUGCAAUCCAUGGCCAGCGGCCUGGCGGGCCACGAAUCUGAUUUCUAUCAGGUUGUCCGUGACAGCCGCUGGCUUGGCGGCAGCCAUGACUACAGCGAUUUGAACGAGGCGCUACCAUACUGGUUCAACGGCGUGGUGCCGCUUGCAUGGCGGAGGCGGAGGCCGGGAGCAGGGCGGCCGGGCAGAUUAUGGAUGCGAUGCACAGGUUUGUGGGUGUGA